CACCAACCUGACGUUCCGGCGCCAGAAAAUAUGCAGAAACAUUUCGCCUCCUAAACGGUUUCGUCUUCCCUCCUGAGAGUCUCCUCUUCGCCUCCUCUUCCUCGUUCUUCAAAUUCCUUCUCUCUCCCUAGCACCUUUGCACUCGCUUCAUGCUUCGACAGGUAUUGUCCCCGAAGAACGCCACGUUGUCAUACUUCCGCCUCUAUCAAGUCAUGUCGCACCUUCAGAUGCCGAGUAUAAACGGGUCGUCGCAUAACCUCCAUACACUAUCUACUCUCCCAAAAUCCAAUGUCUUUACUUCCAACCUCCCGGCAGACCCAGAGUACCCCACUCCAGAAAUAUCUGAUUCUGCGCCCCGCGAGGAUCUGGGUCCCCGCAUGGUCAAGAACGCACUGUUUACCUACGUCCGCCCCGAGAUCACACACUCUCCCGAACUGCUGGCAGUUAGUCCUCGCGCUCUGCAAGACCUGGGACUGAAACCUGAGGAGGCGGAGACAGAAGAGUUUAGACAAGUGUUUGCUGGGAACAAGAUUUUGACAUGGGAUGCUGAGAAGAAAGAGGGUAUAUACCCCUGGGCGCAGUGCUAUGGUGGCUAUCAAUUUGGACAAUGGGCAGGACAGCUCGGUGACGGACGCGCCAUAUCGCUUUUCGAAGCGACCAAUCCCGACACCGGGGUGCGCUACGAAGUCCAACUGAAAGGUGCCGGCCGGACCCCUUACAGCCGAUUCGCAGACGGGAAAGCUGUGUUGAGGAGCAGCAUAAGAGAGUUCGUCGUGAGCGAGUAUCUGAACGCAAUCAGGAUACCCACAACGCGAGCAUUGGCAUUGAUACUUGCGCCGCGGUCAAAAGUCAUGAGAGAACGCUUGGAGCCUGGUGCCAUCGUGACCCGCUUUGCCCAAUCCUGGGUCCGCCUGGGCACAUUCGAUCUCCCCAAAGCCCGUGGAGACAGGAAAACCCUCCGAAAGCUCGCAGACUACACGGCCGAGCACAUCUACGGAGGAUGGGAGCAGCUGCCAUCCAAGCUGAAACCCGGUGAACCCAAAGAUACAUGGCACGACAUAAAAUACGACAUUGCGAAAGACAUGGUGGAAGGCCCAGCGGGCGAAGAAGAGAACCGGUACGCGCGAUUGUACCGCGCCAUCAUUCGCGCCAACGCCCGCACAGUCGCCCACUGGCAAGCUUACGGAUUCAUGAACGGCGUGCUGAACACAGACAAUACUUCCAUUCUCGGGCUGUCAAUGGACUACGGCCCCUUCGCUUUCCUGGACCAGUUCGACCCCAUGUACACCCCUAACCACGACGACUACAUGGGCCGCUACUCCUACCGCAACCAACCCACAAUCGUCUGGUGGAAUCUCGUCCGCCUAGGGGAAGCCCUAGGCGAGCUCAUCGGCCAGGGCCCUGACGUCGACGAUCCCACAUUCGUAGAAAAAGGCGUUACGGAGGAUGGUGCGCAAGUGUUAAUCAAGCGCGCAGAAGGCAUCAUCGAGCGCGCUGGCGAGGAAUACAAAGCGGUUUUCCUUGCCACAUACAAGGAACUCAUGACUGCUCGAUUGGGCUUGAAAACGUUCAAGGAGUCAGACUUUCAAGAUUUAUUUUCCGAGUUGCUGGACUUUUUGGAGAAGUAUGAACUUGAUUUCCAUCAUGCGUUCCGCAGAUUAGGACAUGUGAACCUAGAGCAGUUGGCGAGUGAGCAGGGGAGAAAGGAUAUUGCCGGGUGGUUCUUCAAGAGCGAUGCUGCCCCCAGACAGGAGGAUGAGUCGAGGGAAAGAAUCGCGCAGUGGUUGGAGAAAUGGGCGGCGAGGGUUAAGGAGGAUUGGGGUGAGGGGAAGGAUGAGGAGAGGCAGGCGGCGAUGGCGAGGGUGAAUCCUAAGUUCGUACCUCGUUCAUGGAUCCUCGACGAACUCAUCAACCGUGUGGAGAAACAGGGGGAGCGCGAAAUCUUGCAGCAUAUCAUGAAGAUGACCCUUAAUCCUUUUGAGGAGCACUGGGGUUGGAAUGAGAAAGAGGAGGAGCGCUUCUGUGGCGACGUACCGAAGUUCAAGGGGAUGAUGCAAUGCAGUUGUAGCUCGUAAGCGGCAUACUAAGCAAUUUCGUCAACAGCAUCCAUUUUCGUUUACAAUGCUAGACAUUCUAUCAA